CGGGCGCAGCGCCCCCGCAACUGCCCGAGGCGCUGCUGCUCCAGCGGCGCCGCGUGACGGUGCGCAAGGCCGACGCCGGCGGGCUGGGUAUCAGCAUCAAAGGGGGCCGGGAGAACAAGAUGCCCAUUCUCAUUUCCAAGAUCUUCAAGGGACUGGCAGCUGACCAAACAGAGGCCCUCUUUGUGGGGGAUGCCAUCCUGUCUGUAAAUGGAGAAGACCUGUCCUCUGCCACCCACGAUGAGGCGGUUCAGGCCCUGAAGAAGACAGGCAAGGAGGUGGUGCUGGAGGUCAAGUACAUGAAGGAGGUCUCACCGUAUUUCAAGAACUCUGCUGGUGGGACCUCGGUCAGCUGGGACUCGCCUCCUGCCUCACCCCUUCAGCGGCAGCCUUCCUCCCCUGGCCCCCCACUCCGGGACCUCAGUGAUGCCAAACAUGUGUCUUUGAAAAUGGCAUAUGUCUCGAAGAGGUGCACCCCCAACGAUCCAGAGCCCAGGUAUCUGGAGAUAUGUUCUGCUGAUGGCCAAGACACUGUCUUCCUGAGAGCCAAGGAUGAGGCUAGUGCGAGGUCAUGGGCAGCUGCCAUCCAAGCCCAAGUCAACGCUCUGAUGCCCUGGGUCAAGGAUGAGCUGCAGGCACUGCUGGCAGCCACCAGCACAGCUGGGAGCCAGGACAUCAAGCAGAUUGGUUGGCUGACUGAACAGCUGCCCAGUGGGAGCACAGCACCAACCCUGGCCCUGCUGACUGACAAAGAGCUGCUUCUCUACUCCAGUCUCCCCCAGACCCGUGAGGCCCUGAGCCGGCCAGCCCGUACUGCUCCACUUAUCACCACCAGGCUGGUGCAUUCAGGCCCCUCCAAGGGCUCGGUGCCUUAUGAUGCAGAGCUGUCUUUUGUCCUGCGCACGGGCACACGCCAUGGUGUGGACACUCACCUGUUCAGCGUGGAGUCACCACAGGAUCUGGCUGCCUGGACCCGCCAGCUGGUGGAUGGCUGUCACCGGGCUGCUGAGGGUGUACAGGAGGUAUCUACAGCUUGCACGUGGAACGGCCGUCCCUGUAGCCUUUCUGUGCACAUUGACAAGGGCUUCACACUGUGGGCAGCUGAACCAGGUGCGGCCCGAGCUGUGCUGCUCCGGCAGCCCUUUGAGAAGCUGCAGAUGUCCUCGGACGAUGGUGCCAGUCUCCUUUUCCUGGACUUUGGGGGCGCUGAGGGCGAGAUCCAGCUGGACCUGCACUCGUGCCCCAAAACCAUGGUCUUCAUCAUCCACUCCUUCCUCUCGGCCAAAGUCACCCGCCUGGGGCUCUUGGCCUAGAGGUCAGCAGAUGCACCAGCCUUGAAGAGGGACGUCCAUCACGUGGCCUGACCUGGCCCUCCACUGACUGCCUGCUCACCACUGAGCUGAGGGAAAGGAGAGGAAUAAGAGUCGCAGAGAACCAGCCCCGGAGGGAGGCUGGGAUGGUCUCAGGGACCAGGAUCCCGACCCAGGACACAGUGGCCCCUGCCCUCUAACCUGUGACAGGGUAGCCUCCCUGCUGCCCCCUCCCCAACAGUGCCUUUUGCAGAGAGAUAUUUUUGUAUGCAGAAGCCAUUCCGAGUCUGGGACCUGCCCCGUGGGGAUCCUGACCCCAGCCAAUAGCUGCCAGGCCUCCCAGAGGCCACUAAGCCAUCCCCAGGGGCCCCUCUGAAGCUGGGGUCCCCUGGGGUCAGUGGCAAGAGAAAGAGGAGGAGCCUUUCUGUUCAUUUUUUUCCUUCAGCUCCACCACCUUGGGGUGUGUAUUUCUCUUUAUCCUUUCUUUUUCCUCCUUACUCUUGGAUAAAUAAACAGCCUGUGAGCACAUGGGCAGAUGGGCCAAGU